AUGCAACCAAAUUGCAGUCAUCUCCACAACAUCCAAGGGAGUGGUGAUGACUCUUCAUCUUCUCAGAGCGCCCACGCAGUGAGGUUGUCGGGAGAGAGCUCAUGCCAUCACAGUGGAGACGUUCGCAUCCAGCUAAACUCUGCUGUGGGAGAAGCCAGAGAAAACGCGAGUUCCCGGCAUUCCAGGCGGGGUUCCCAAAGUCGGUCGCACGGACAUGCCCACAGCGAAGCAGGGGGGCUCGAGGAUCCCACUCCGGACUCUGAGGAACACAGUGGCAGCUCCCUCUCGGAGCUCAGAUACCUCCUUCAGUGGCUGUACAAAAGCCUGCCGUGUAUCUUGAUUCUGUGUGUCAAACUGGUCAUGCAGCAUAUAACUGGCAUUUCUCUUGGAAUUGGGCUGCUAACAACUUAUAUAUAUGCAAACAAAAGCAUAGUAAAUCAGGUUUUUCUAAGAGAACGGUGCUCCAAGUUGCAAUGUGCUUGGUUACUGGUGUACCUAACUGGCUCGUCUCUCCUCUUGUAUUAUGCCUUUCACUCUGAGUCACUGUAUUACAGCUUAAUCUUUUUAAAUCCUACUGUGGAUUUUGUGAACUUCUGGGAGGUACUUUGGAUUGUGGGAGUCACAGACUUUAUUCUGAAAUUCCUCUUCAUGGGCUUCAAGUGCUUUAUUCUCCUGGUGCCUUCUUUUAUGAUGUCCUUUAAAUCCAAGGGCUACUGGUACAUGCUGUUAGAAGAACUCUGCCAGUAUUACCGUAUGUUUGUCCCCAUACCAGUUUGGUUCCGUUAUCUAAUUGGCUAUGGGGAGCUGGACAGUGUACUAGGACGGACCCUUGGGAUAUUGCUGGCCCUUCUCUACCUCAUCCUAAAACUUUUGAGCUUUUUUGGACAAUUGAGAAACUUCAGGCAGGUCUUACGGAUCUUUUGUACGCGACCACACUACGGAGUGACAGCUAGUAAGAGACAGUGUUCUGAAUCGGAUGAUGUUUGCGCAAUCUGCCAAGCUGAAUUUCAGAAGCCUAUUCUGCUUGUCUGUCAGCACACUUUUUGUGAAGAAUGCAUCUCUUUAUGGUUUAAUAGAGAAAAAACGUGUCCACUCUGCAGAACUGUUAUUUCAGACCAUGUUAACAAGUGGAAGGAUGGAGCUACAUCUAUGCAUCUACAGAUUUUCUAA